GCGCGCGCAGGCGCGGGGCGGGGCGGGCGCGCGGCGCUGAUGCAAGAGCCGAGCACGGACUGACCCCGCGGCACCGAGCGACCCCGGCUCCUCCGGCCCGCGGCCCCGCCGCAAACAUGUCCGGCGACGAGAUGAUUUUCGAUCCUACUAUGAGCAAGAAGAAGAAGAAAAAGAAGAAGCCCUUCAUGCUGGAUGAGGAAGGAGGAGGAGACCUACAAGCAGAAGAGACUCAGCAAUCAGAAACAAAGGAAGUUGAACCAGAGCCAACAGAAGACAAAGAUGUUGAAGCAGAUGAAGAAGAUAGCAGGAAGAAAGAUACAACAGAUGACUUGGAUGAUUUAAAUUUCUUCAAUCAGAAGAAAAAGAAGAAAAAAACAAAAAAGAUAUUUGAUAUAGAUGAAGCAGAAGAAGGUGUAAAGGAAUUGAAAAUUGAAGGAGAUGUGCCAGAGACAGUAGAACCUGAAGAUGACCUUGAUAUCAUGCUGGGCAAUAAAAAGAAGAAAAAGAAGAAUGUGAAGUUUCCAGAUGAAGAUGAGAUAAUGGAGAAGGAUGAAGCAUUUGAGGAUGAAGAUAGCAAAAAAGAUGAUGGAAUUUCUUUUAGCCUUCAGUCAGGACCUGCGUGGGCAGGCUCAGAAAGGGACUACACAUAUGAUGAGUUGCUCAACAGAGUUUUUAACAUCAUGCGGGAGAAGAACCCGGACAUGGUGGCUGGAGAGAAGAGGAAAUUUGUCAUGAAGCCCCCGCAGGUUGUGAGAGUAGGGACCAAGAAAACGUCUUUUGUCAACUUCACAGAUAUCUGCAAAUUAUUACAUCGUCAGCCAAAACAUCUCCUGGCAUUUUUGUUGGCAGAAUUGGGUACAAGUGGUUCAAUAGAUGGUAACAACCAACUGGUAAUCAAAGGAAGAUUCCAGCAAAAACAGAUAGAAAAUGUCUUGAGAAGAUAUAUCAAGGAGUACGUCACCUGCCACACGUGCCGCUCGCCGGACACCAUCCUGCAGAAGGACACGCGGUUGUACUUCCUGCAGUGCGAGACCUGCCACUCGCGCUGCUCCGUGGCCAGCAUCAAAACCGGCUUCCAGGCUGUCACAGGCAAGAGGGCACAGCUCCGUGCCAAGGCUAACUAGCUUUGCUAACCAGCGCUGCAGUUGGCAAAGUGUUCUGGGGAAUGGGACUGGACAGGUUUGCCAUCCGAGUGGAUUUACCGUUGUAUUAAAGCGAGGUUGUAAAAACCACAAGAAAUUUUGGCUUUUGAUUGAUUGGUCUGUGAAAUCCUUGCAAGAUGCAGAUCCUCAAGCUGUUCACAUACAUUUGCUCAUUGAAUAUAUUUUACCAACUGUAAGGAGCGUGGUGGGAAAGGAGGUGCUUUUUAAUCCGUUCAGACUUCUGUAAAAGAUGAGAUGAAUUAAAGAUACUAUAACAGUGA